CGAGGUGGCGUUGGAGAAGAGGAGACCACCCAAUUGACGGAGGAAUUUGGUGCUGGGCGAGAAGCCGCACACCGAGCUACGUUCAAGGCUUCAAGCUAGUGAGAAGAGAAAGAGCGGGGAAGGAAGAAUCUGAUUAGAAUUCAAUUUACACGAGGGAUUACAUCCAAGUUACCGAAAUUGUGUCUUCUCAAUUUUUUUUUUUCACGCUCUGAGUUCAAUCUCGUCAUCAUCUCGCAUAUCCAUUCAUUUUUUUGGUAUCUCUAACCCUUGUCUUUGUUUUGGCAUCGCCGACGCCGCCGUCGCCGUCACGUCACCGUUACCAUCGUCAUAUUUAGGCUGCCUCGUCACUGCUGGCUGUUCCACCGUCGACCCGAGUUCAGAGCGUUUUGAUCGAAUCCCUUGCAAAUGGGCGAACAAACCCAAGGUCAAGGACAGACCCAAACCCGAGCCCAGAGUCAGCCCCAGUCUAUCCAGGAUUCUGCCCCUACCUCCAUUGCCCCCGCCAAUUCAACUACUGCAACAACCGCCACCGUCGCCGCCGCUACCAUUGCCCAGGCUACGCUAACAGAGUCCGAACUGAGUAAUGCUCCUUCGCAAACCUAUGCUCCGCCUUCCAAAAUCCCUUUACGCCCCCGAAAGAUCCGGAAGCUCUCUCCGGACCCAAGUAACUCUCAAAUUGUCCCCGUAGAUAACCCAAAACCUAUCCCGACCACCACCUCCUCUGCUAAGACCACUGGCGGCCGGAACAACAAAAAUGUUCAACAACGAACUCACAUGGUUCCCAGGAUCGUUGCUAGGUCACUAUCUUGCGAAGGCGAGGUCGAGAUCGCUUUGCGCUACCUCCGAAACGCCGAUCCGCUUCUUGCUUCUCUAAUUGACAUUCAUCCACCUCCUGCCUUUGACAGUUUCCACACUCCAUUCUUGGCUCUGACGCGUAGCAUUUUGUAUCAGCAACUUGCUUAUAAAGCUGGCACGUCAAUCUAUACCCGCUUCAUCGCUCUUUGUGGGAGCGAAGCUGGUGUUCUUCCGGAAACAGUUCUUGCCCUAACCCCUCAACAACUUCGCCAGAUUGGGGUUUCGGGCCGGAAAGCUAGUUAUCUUCAUGAUUUGGCUAGGAAAUAUCAGAAUGGGAUAUUAUCAGAUUCAGCCAUUGUAAAUAUGGAUGAUAAAUCUCUUUUCACAAUGCUCACGAUGGUUAAUGGGAUUGGAUCUUGGUCUGUUCAUAUGUUCAUGAUUUUCUCUCUCCAUAGACCGGAUGUUCUUCCGAUUAAUGAUCUCGGUGUUCGCAAAGGGGUUCAGCUUCUUUACAAUCUUGAGGAGUUGCCGCGACCUUCUCAGAUGGACCAAUUAUGCGAUAAAUGGAGGCCUUACCGGUCAGUUGCUUCUUGGUACAUGUGGAGAUUUGUGGAAGCAAAGGGAACUCCUUCAAGUGCCGUGGCUGUGGCUACUGGUGCCAGCUUGCAGCAGCACCAGCAGGAGCAGCAACAACCGCAGCACCCAUCACAGCCACAGCUUCUGGAUCCUAUAAAUAGCAUGUUUAAUCUUGGGGCUGCCUGUGCUUGGGGACAGUGAUCGCCGGUUGAAUUGAGAAGUUUGUGAUGAGAUCUCGUUUUACUGCCUUCGGUAGCACCAAAAUUCCAAAGCCAAGCUAUGAAGUGAGUGUACUUAAUAGAGGAUCUUGGUGGGAUAAGUUGGGUAACGUGGGCAUUGAAGCAUUAGUGUAUGUUCAGUAAUUGCAAGAUUCAAUAAAAAGACAAUCAAGUUAGGUCUAUUCUGUUGUCGAAGUUGUAGGUCGCCUGUUUUAAGUUGUGAAGUCGUCUUUCAUAAAAACAGGGCUUAUCGGAGUGCGGUGCUUCUGUGCGUCUGCGCCAUGGUGAUGUGGUUUGGCCUCCUUGUACGUGGUCCUCUUUGGGGUAGUGGAUGCCCAUUUUCUGCAUAUGCGUCCUAUA